AUGGCUUUGUGCUUGGGCAACUCCGCUGUCUCAAACAAGCACGAGCACAGGAACAAAAGCGGCGGCACAAGCACCGCGGCUGUGGUGGGCGGCGUGUACCUGGCGCUGACGCCCUUCAUGUGGCCGAGGUGGGAGGCCUUCAUGAACCCCGGAGGGCGCUGCUUCUCCUUCGACAACUGCGCACGGGGCUAUGUCAUCGGCGAGAGCUGCACGAUGUGCACCUUGAAGCCCUAUGCAGAGAAGGUUGAUGGCUCGAUUGUCGUGAGUGACGACCCCUAUGUCGGGACCAUGGUAGGCUGGAGCAUGCAGAACAGCGGCCGCAACGCAGGCAUGGCUGCUCCUUGUGGUCCAGCCGAGCAGGAGGUUGUUGCGGAGUCCGUUCGAGCUGCUAAUUGCAGCCCGCUCGAUAUCGAUGGCCUCGAGUGUCACGCCGAGGGCGGAGUUUUAGUCGACAGCGUCGAGCUGGCGGCCGCAGCGCGGGUGCUCCGCGGCUGCGCCGGAGGGGACAAGGAAGUCCUCAUCACUGCAUCCGCCAAGUCAAACACUGGUGUGCAGCGCGAGGCUUCGACGAUGGCACCGUUUUUGAAGGUGCUCUUGAACAUCGCCUAUGCCAACAACGCGCCUUCAAUCCACCUCAAGCAGCUGAAUCCGUACCUUGAGUUGGGAACUGCAGCCGUGCGCAUCAACACGGAAUCCAUGGCCUACCGAGACAGUCGGGUUUUCCACGGGGUCGGUGCGAGGGGCUGGGGCGGCAUGCUCAUCAACAUCGUCUGCUGGGGAGCCGCCGACUCGACCGUGGUGCCGCUGUCGAAGCCGAAGAUGUACGGGCAGUCUUUCGCUUUCUGGCCAUCGCUCGAGGACUCGAAGGAGCCCGAGCACAGCUACCACGUGGUGGGCUCCUGGUCGAACUGGGCCACGCCCCAGGCCAUGACCAAGUCCCUGGAUGGCGCGCACACGCUGAACGUGACGCUCGGAGAGAAAGGGCUCGAGUCCUUCCAGAUUUGGGUCGACGGAGACAGCAGCAAGGUUCUCCACCCUUCGCGCCCUCAAGCACCCCCUGGAAGUCGAGUGUUGGGCCCUGAUCCCUUGGCCUUGAUCCAGCAGUAUCACCUCAACUGGGUCAUCGAUGGCCGCGGGACCUCCCCGGCCCCGGGCAGCUCGACGCCGGCACUGCCCGACCAGGUGGUUCGAGCGAGGGAUGCUGGGCAGCCUGGCGACCAGUACCAAAUCAAGCUCCUGCAAGGCCGCUUCCGGGCCGUGACCUGGGAGAAAGUGAAGCAAGCGUUCUGA